AUGGGGAAGAUCACCUUCUACGAGGACCGGGGCUUCCAGGGUCGCUGCUAUGAGUGCAGCACUGACUGCCCCAACCUGCAGACCUACUUCAGCCGCUGUAACUCCAUCCGGGUGGACAGCGGUUGCUGGAUGCUCUAUGAGCGUCCCAACUACCAGGGGUACCAGUACUUCCUGCGCCGUGGCGAGUACCCUGACUACCAGCAGUGGAUGGGCUUCAACGACUCAAUUCGCUCCUGCCAUCUCAUCCCCCAUUACUCCGGCCCUUACAGAAUGAAGAUAUAUGAGAGAGAUGACUUCAGAGGACAAAUGUCCGAGAUCACAGAUGACUGUCCCUCUCUUCAGGACCGCUUCCACCUCAAUGAAAUCCACUCCCUCAACGUACUGGAGGGCUGCUGGGUCCUCUACGAGUUGCCCAACUACCGGGGGCGGCAGUACCUGCUGAGGCCGGGAGAGUACAGGAGAUAUCUUGACUGGGGGGCUAUGAACGCGAAAGUUGGUUCUUUAAGACGAGUCAUGGAUAUUUACUGAAAUAAUUACAUCCUCCCUUUUUCUCCUUAAGAAUCUAAUAAAAUAUUUAGCUUGUGUUUCUGGCA